GGAGGGUGUGCGAGUCAGGGAGGGUUUGCCAUUCACUACACCAGCGAGCGAUCAAAUUUGGGUUGUGAAUGUACAAUGCCCACGAGGUACAGCAGGUUAGGGUUGUGGACGUUGUGCCCAUCAGACCGUGAGCCUCAACGUGCACAUCAACAUCCUGCAUCUGCUCACUCAUGUCGGUUGUACUGACCUGUCCGGCGACGACAUUCACUCCACCGUUACAUGUAUGCACGUUGUGAUUAGCGAUCCUGCCAUAGUCAGAGGAGUACUCGGUCACAAACCUUUGCUCGGGCCCGCAAUGUUCAUUUGGCUGUGGGAACCCCAUGGGACAAGGCUUCGGUAGCUGCUUGCUCUCGGGGCCCCGGAAGUGGUCCGCAUUGAUUGCGGAGACAGACAUGUUGCAAUGGAUAAAAUGGUUUGGAUCAACUUGUUCACGUUAAGUGGCGACAGCUCUCCGUCACACAGUGAACAGAACAGUCAGCAUGGCCGCAUCCUAUGUACUGGAAACCAUGGCCCAUUACCCAGUCCUACUGGCUGUGGUACUGAGUAGCGGCUGCUUCCUGACUUAUGCCAUAUACCAGCGCUUCUACCAUCCCCUCGCCAAGUAUCCCGGCCCUCUUCUAGCAUCGUUAACCGAUCUCUGGCAGGUCUACCAGUUCUUGACCCUCAAGCAACCUUACACGCUCACACAGCUUCAUGAGCAGUAUGGUCCUGUCGUUCGCUAUGGUCCGGAUAAGCUCAGCCUUACCGACGAGGAUGCCAUUCCCGUGUUGUACCAGAAGGGCGGUAAGAUGUAUCCGAAGACCGAGUUUUAUGACGCAUACGGCGCAGCGCACCCGAAUGUCUUCGGCAUGCGUAAUGAGGCUCAACAUGCAACUCGGCGGCGGCACAUGUCUCAUAGCUUCUCCAUCUCCUACGUCAAGGAGCUGGAGGGCUUCCUUGACAGCAACAUUGCUAUACUGAAGCGCAAAAUCGCCGAGCACGCAGCUUCUGGGAAGGCGUUCAACCUCAAAGAACUGCUGCACUACUACGUGAUCGAUGUACUUGGCGAGCUCGCCUUCAGUCAAUCCUUUGGACUACAAGAAGCGGAUGAGGAUGCUGCUGCGGCGAUGGUACCGCCAGUCGUAGAACACAGCCUGCUGUCUGCCGCAACAGGAGCCUGGCCAAGCAUGACGAAGACCCUUAAGCGCUGGUUGCCAUACUUGCCAUACAAGCCGACCAAAGCUCUCUUUCGUGGCCGCCAGGCUUGUGCCAACCUUGCUGCCGAAUGUGUUGCCCGACGAAUGCGUGCGCUAGAACACUUACGGAAGGAAAACCUCGGUGCGACGGACCAAAGAAAGGACAUAUUGACGAACCUCAUCUUGGCGAGAGAUCCAGAGACAGGCGCUCAUCUUACUGAGGCCGACUUACAGACUGAAGCGUUUGGCUUCAUAAUCGCGGGGACCCACACAACCAGCGCCACGACUACCCUGCUGUUCUACCACCUUCUCCAUGCUCCGGACAUCAUGGCUCAAUGCGUGUCAGAGCUCGAUGCCAAUCUCCCGGAUCUUACCGCAGACCAACCUGCUUACUCAGGUAGCAUUGCCGAGUCGUCCCUACCUUUCCUCAAGCAGUGCGUGCGGGAGAACUUCCGGAUUACACCGGUGUUCACCAUGCCAUUAGCACGCCGAGUCGUUGAUCCCGCUGGUGCUACUAUUGGAGCGGAACACUACCCGCAAGGUACCUCGUUGGCGGUCUGCAAUCAUGCCUUUCAUCACAAUCCAGAUGUGUGGGGGUUUGAUCACAACACAUUCCGACCAUCUCGAUGGAACGAACCAAGUGUCAACGCUCGUGCGCGGUAUCUGAUGCACUUCGGCCUGGGCCCUCGGCAGUGCAUUGGGAAAACGGUGGCAACGACAAAUAUCUACAAGCUCUCCAGCACGUUGUUAAGGGAGUUUACUUUUGUCCUAGCCGAAGACACAGAAGCGGAGAAGGUGCGUCAAGGAGGCUUCGUGGGCAGAUUGCCCGAUCUUGUCAGCGUGGGUGUUAGCGACCUCGGGACACCACUCAUGGUGAAGGCGAGCUUGAGAAGCAAGCAAGCCCACAACCAGUCCACGGCGCCGUCGUAG